GGUGGCGGUGGAGACGGUACGGCCGGAUUGGCCGCCUCUCCAGGAUAACGGCCGCGAUUGGACAGCUGGGGCCGUCACUCAAGACGAGCGCGAGCGGCCGGCCUGGUGGGAGAAGGCGCUCGGAGGGACGGUUGGAGCGGCCGCCAUUUUGUUCGAGAUCCCGCCAUUCGAUCGGGGGGUUAAAAAUAAAAAGCCUUUAUAUCUGAGGCGAUUGGCGUGGGGACUAGGGAGGGGGAGUUAUCGAUUCGAAUCGAGGCGCGUUUUAAAAGAUAAAGUGGGUUUGGGGGGGGGGGGAAAAAUGAAGAUCUUCGUGGGUAAUAUCCCGAGCGAAGGGACGGUGGACGAGCUGAAGACGCUGUUCGGUUACUACGGCACGGUGCGGGAGUGCGACAUCAUCCGGCAUUACGGCUUCGUGCACAUGGACAGCGCCGAGGAGGCGAACCAGGCCAUCGCCGCGCUCAACCAGUACGAGCUGCACGGCCAGAAGCUCAACGUGGCCGAGUCGCGGCCCCGGCCCGCCGCCGUCACCAAGGUCUACGUCGGGAACCUGGCGGGCGGCUGCAGCAACCAGGAGCUCCGGGCCAAGUUCGAGGAGUACGGCCGGGUGGUGGAGUGCGACAUCGUCAAAGACUAUGCUUUUGUGCACAUGGAGAAGGAGGAAGAUGCAAUGCAAGCUAUUGCCAGUCUGGAUAAUCAAGAAUUCAAUGGGAACAAGCUUCGGGUAUGAUCAGUUUGACUACGAUAAUACUACCGACACCCGCUAUGCCCAAUGAACCGACGAUAUCCUCCUUCCUUCUCUUCCUCCUCCGCCGCCGCCGCUCUCCGAACAGAAGUUUGCUUUCUCGAGACGAAUACACGACCCCGCGAUCGCAGCAUGACAGCACCGUGGCAUUUAAAAACAAAAUUUAUUUCUUUCUCAAAAACAAAAAGAUACAAUCGAUGAGCCCUGCCUUGUGAUCCAUAGGUUCUGUAAACACACUUUAACGCUCUCUUUCUCACUGAUGAUUGUGAUCAGAUAUUACUUGUCAGUUUUGUUUUUGUUUUCUUCCAGCCCACCCAGUCACCAUUUUCCCCUCCUCUUCCUAGACCCCUUCAAAACGAAACAAACCUCCCUUUAUACAGGUCCUAUCCUUACCGAACACGGGUGCAUUUUCCCCUCCCCACGGUGAAGGCCACCUUCGCUUAAUGCUCUUCCAGUCCAACACUGCCUUUUAAAGAAGUGGGGAGCCUGUUCUGCUGUUUUCCCUUCCCUUAAGGGACUGAUGGCUGUUGCAGUCAGUUCUGUGAUCUCCAAGUACCAUUUGUGAUUUGACAGCAGGCUGCUGCUCUCGUGGGGAGCUGCUCUGGUUAGUGCCUGGUGUAUGAUCCACGAUUCGGACAAGAAGGAAGCUUCUGUCAAGGCACUUUCCUGCUGCUGUGCCGCUUUUCCUUACCUCUGCAAACGCUUAGCCCUCGAGAUGUAAAUCUCAGUGGCUGUAGGUGCCUUGCAGAGAUUGUGCUGUAAAGCUGAAUGGGCUCCCCCCCACUUUAAAUAAUCUUCACACUUAAUUAACUAUACUACCACUGUGAAUCAUCAACCACACAAUUAAAAGCCGUGUUUCAGGCACUCUGUUUCAGACAGAUGCUGCAUUCCUGCACCUUGCCAACGCUGCUGGGAUUCUUGCUGCCAAGGGAUGCACAGGAGCAGACAGGCCGUCUCCUGCGUGGUUGUGCUUUCUUUCAUUUUAGUGAUUUAUCCUUCUGCAGCCUCGAGUCCGCUCACGGGCAGGGUGGCAGAGUGCGUGUCCUGUAAUUCACCGGCUGGCUUUACAGGUAAUGGUCCAAUUUUGCUGAGUAACUGAUCCCGCACCCCCCUUUUCCCCCACCAGAAAAAAAAUUCUCACUGCUAAAUUUCUCCACUGAAAGCAACGGGCAUGCUGUCAUUGGUACCAUCGGAUUCGUGUGAAGAGGAAGACAGGGUGGGGAGACUGCAGGCAUCUGGGUAAUUUCCAGUCUUUGACUUUUCGGAUUGGCUGCUUGAGGACAGAAUGUAUGUUUCCAGGCAGAGUGAGUGUGUGUAUGUGUGUUUCUUAUGAUUGUCAUGGCAACACUGCCAACAUGGGUGACAAUUGACUGAAUUUCCUCUUGGGUAGUGUCAAGGUCCUGCAGAGUUAAUGUCUGAUGGCUAGCUGAAGAUUUCUUGAAAUGGGUGCUUUUUUUUGGCAUUGAGGAUAUGGUUCAGUCACAAUGUCACCUAUAGCUGAACAUUAAAUUUACCUGAGGUGUUACAAAUGACCUUCCUGGAUAAUGACCAUGGGGAGCUGCCACCUCAAAGGACAGACCCAGAGUGAUCUGGUGUCUUAGCUGAGGGUGAAUGGUGAAAGAGAAACAGCAAACUAGGAUUUUCUGUGGGCUGUUAGGUGGGGGGAGAGAGUGGAAGAGUAAAAUAUUUGGGGGUGGGGGGGUGAGUUUACAUAUCUGAUGUUACACAAUUUAAAAUGAGGCUUGUUUAAUUUUCUUACACUAUGAUAAUGAUUUAGUUUGUCAUAAUUGCCUACACUAGAGAACCAGUGUCUGAAAUUAGAGUUGGACAGGGAUGGGGAGGGCUGUUUGUAUCGUAACAUGUAGUGAAAAUUAAAUAAAAUUAGUCUGAAAUAUC